AUGGCGUCAGGCUCCCCCAACUCCAUGACAUUGCGCCAGUCUGUAGAAGUACCGGACAAUGGCACUUUCACCCAUUCUAAUUUCACUACCUCGCACGACAUCUCAUCCGCAGAGAGUAUGGCCGUCGAGCACGCAAGACAACCAAAGGAGGCCGGAGAGCGUCCGUCGAAGGAUAACUGUGAUGGAGAACAUGGUGGACCAGACGCAACAAUUGCUAUAUCAUCUUCAAGUCGAAUCGCUGGUCAGACUGUUGCACCUUUCCUUGCAAAGCAUAUCCCCGAAUCAUACGCCCCCAUGGGAGUUGCUCAACCAAACACAACUUCAAAGAAAGAUCCAAAUACCAAAUUCUGCUACCGGCAUCAGCCGGAUUCAAAGUGUAGAAGGACAGCUGACGAGCCAACAAUGGAGAAUCUUCAGAGGGAGCUGGAAACGUUAACCCAAGACGAUCAACAGGGCAUAUCCCACGUCUGGUCAUUAUUCUCCGCCGCCCCAGCCAAACACAGGAAUCUUAUGCUCCAGGGCAUCUUGACUCAGUGCUGUUUCCCCCAACUCUCAUAUCUUUCAACCUCUGUACGCGACCUUAUUCGCAUUGAUUUCCUCACCGCCCUCCCAUCGGAAAUAUCCUACAAAAUUUUAUGUCACCUUGACACAACCUCCCUUUGUAAAGCUGCUCAAGUCAGUCAGAGAUGGCGUAUACUAGCAGACGAUGAUGUGGUAUGGCAUAAGAUGUGCGAACAGCACAUUGACCGAAAAUGUCUCAAGUGUGGGUGGGGACUACCAUUACUAGAGCGGAAACGCUUGAGGGAUUGGAAGCGCCAGCAGCAAUUACGAGCAACAGGCCGAGGUUUAAAUGAGUGGUCACCCAAAUUGACCCCGGCACCUGAUGAUGCGGGCAGUACAGAUAUGGUCAGGAAACCAUCCUGUAAUGGCAUAGGAAAGAGAGAUGCAGACUCGUUGACUUCUGAUGGCCCAUUAUCUGUUUCUCCUGAAGCAAGCAAGCGACAAAGAAUGAACCCCGAAGAUUCAUAUUUCCCCAAAACUCGGCCGUGGAAAGACGUCUACAAGGAUCGAUUCAAGGUUGGCACAAAUUGGAAGUACGGUCGCUGUACGACCAAGAUAUUCAGAGGCCAUCAAAAUGGUGUCAUGUGCUUGCAGUUUGAUGACAACAUUCUGGCAACUGGGUCAUACGACAGUACCAUCAAAAUCUGGGAUAUCAACACUGGCGAAUGCCUCCGAACCCUCCGAGGUCACACCCUCGGCGUGCGGGCUCUGCAAUUCGAUGACACCAAACUAAUCAGCGGAAGUCUCGACCACACAAUUCGAGUCUGGAAUUGGCGAACUGGAGAGACCAUAGCAACGUAUCCAGAACACACCGAAGGCGUGAUAUCAGUAAACCUCGACGGCAACCUCCUUGCUUCCGGCUCCGUCGACAAAACCGUACGAAUCUGGAACUUCAAAGACAAAUCUAAAUUUUCUUUAAAGGGUCACAGGGACUGGGUCAACGCAGUGCGCGUCGACUCCGCCUCCCGCACCGUAUUCUCUGCUUCCGAUGACUGCACGAUUCGUCUAUGGGAUCUGGAUACCAAGCAGACAAUCCAAACAUAUAUAGGCCAUGUUGGACAGGUUCAGCAAGUCACGUUGUUGCCUGCGGACUAUGAACCUGAAGAUGUCGAUGCAGAGGAAGUAGACGAUGGCGCGAGCAGCACAUCAAGUACAUCGGAUCUCACCAUGAACCUCUCCUCACCCCCCUCGAUCUCCCCCUUCGAGCUCUGGCCUUCAUCCCGUCCCCGGCCUGCGCGGUACAUGGUAACAGGUGGCUUGGACUCCACUGUUCGACUCUGGGACGUCGAGUCUGGCAAGUGUUUAAAGACCUUCUUUGGCCACGUUGAGGGCGUUUGGGCUCUAGCUGCUGAUACGUUGCGCGUUGUAUCUGGGGCGGAAGAUCGAAUGGUGAAAGUGUGGGAUGCACGGACGGGAAAGUGCGAGAAGACUUUCAGUGGACAUCAGGGCCCGGUGACGUGCAUUGGGCUUAGUGAUUCGAGGAUGGUUACUGGGAGUGAAGACUGUGAGGUUCGGAUGUACAGCUUCAAGUCUGAAGAUGGGGAGGCGGUUGAGGAUGAGGGGUAUUGA